AUGAACACCACAUCUAUUUUCGGCCCCCCACCGGCGGGGGUCGAUCUCACAGAAACCAGAACCUUCGAGGACACUACCGUUGUCGUGACUGUAUGUGUGCUUGCGGUAUGCACUAUUGUCUUCCGUCUCGUUGUGAGGUUGUAUAUCCAGGGAGCGAGGCUGGAACCCGAUGACUGGUUGAUUGGGGCAUCUGGCAUCCCAUUAGUUGCAUUACUUGCAUCAUCUAUUCUUGGUGGCACCUAUGGUUUCGGUUUGCAUGUCUGGUGUACAACAGUGGAGAACAUGAUCCUCUUUGCCUACCUCAUUAUCUAUCUCUUCGAACUACUCCUCAUCAAAGUCUCAAUCCUCAUGUUCUACCGCCGAAUCUUCGGCAUGAACUGGAUGAUCUGCGCCACCCUUUUUAUCUCCUAUGGCUGGUGUGUAGGAAGCAUGAUCGCAGCCCUAUGUGCCUGUGAGCCGAUUUCAUAUUUCUGGAACGAAUUGAUCGACCCCACAUCUGGCUCAUACCGAUAUAACUUCUAUUAUUACUACGUUGGGAACGCGGCUGCCAACGUCGUGACGGACGUUCUUAUUCUGCUCGUCCCGAUGCCUGUUGUUUGGAGUCUUCAGAUGCGUACAACACAGAAGAUUGGCGUGUGCGGUGUGCUUCUUCUAGGUGGAUUUGUCUGCGUCGCAAGUGGUAUUCGGAUCCACUACAUAACCUUUCUCCACAACAACAUAGAUAUUACAUGGGCCUUGGGCAGUGUAUCCGUGUGGUCAACUAUCGAGCCGUGCAUCGGCAUCAUCUGCGCCUGUCUGCCUGUCCUACAGCCAUUCGUCCGCUCACUGGUCAAGAAAAUGCCGACUAUACCGGGCACCCAGCAUAUUGGGACGCGUGGACUGUCUAGUUUUAUACAGAGAAUAUCUCUCAACGAACGUGAGAACAGGAGCAGCAAGUACGAUAUGGAAUCCAGAACGAGUCCUACGCCCUUUGGCCAAUCAGAUGAAGACCUCGAUCCUCUUACGACGGUCAGGACUCGGGUGGAGAUAGAAACAGACCCAAAAGAAAGGAUUGAUGGGGAGGAGAAUCUGGAUCCUAUGGCUAUUCGUGUUAAACGAGUUGUGCACUGGAGUGUUGAUUAG